AUGGUUUCCGCAUUACACAGCUUGUUCCGUAUAUGGAGACCCAAGAAAAUGAUGGCAAGGCCAGAGAAGGUAUGAUUAACCAAGUCAACUCUUCUAUGUUCAAAUUAGUCACAUAGCCAGCUAGUCACUUUUGUUUCCUCACCAUUUUUUGUGACAUUCUGUUUCGGUCGAUCUCAGGUCAACGAAGUGUCAAAAUUAUCCGGAUUUCUAUUUUCUUUGGUGUUCGUUGGAAAGACUGGACGAAUUGUCUUUUCUCCAACUAUUCAUCUCUCGAGUCAAGACCAGGUGGCAAUUUUUUAUAUCUUGUUAUACAUAUAUUCCAUCUCUUGAAGUAGAUUAUGUUUCUUUUGCUGAAAAAAAAAUCUUUUUUUCUCCACUUUCGAUGAAGCAGGCCGGUGGCUUCUAUUUCCCAAUUAUUUCGUACUGAUCUUUUAAUUUUGCUUGUUUUAGGUAAAUAUGAAUGCGUUGUCAAAACCCGAGCUACUAACAGAUUCCAAGGACAGCAUUGGUGACUUUCAAAUUCGUAUGUUUUUUAAAUGUUAUGCUUUUAAGAACGUUGGAAUACAUUGUUUGGAUACAAAUUUACAAAGUGUUUUAGUUCCUUUGGCCAGAUCUGGGCAUAGAUGUUUCUGUACGGGAGAUCAUUUUUACGUGGUCGGUGGUUACAAUCCAUCCUACAGAGGCAAGAUGAUCAAUGACGUCUGGUGCCUAAAUUUGUUGACACGUCGUUGGAAACGAGUAAAACUGGAUAAAGAAUUACCUCACACGCUGGCCUCAUUCUCGUGUAAGUCACAUUUAGUUUUAUCUGAAAUUUAUGGAUUUAGUGAGUUAUGUCGAUGAAUUGGGGACUUUUUACCUGUAUGGCGGUACCGGGUUUCCCUUUGGACAAACUAUAUCCACGGACCUUUAUGCAUGUACGCUUGUAAAGCCAGAUGAGUGUUCUGUUAGAAAGAUUCCCAUCGACAAUCCGAAGUCCGCUCCUGUGGUUUAUGGUCACUCGGCUGUUCAUCGUUAUAUAAAUGGAAACUUCACAGUAAGGUUGAAAUCAGAAUAUAACUACUUUUUUGUAACGGGUUUAUGUGUCCGCUUUUUAGGAGGUUUACAUUGUUGGCGGAACAGAAGGCGCACAUUACGACAUGACUGUUACCAAACUGACGAUUUUCGAGGAUCAUGCAAGAUUCGAACGAGUCAGUACUCCAGAGAACGAACCCAAUGGUCGCUAUCGACAUGAAUCUGUUUUUAUUGGGAAUACGAUCGUUUCCUUGGGAGGUUCCAAUCAACUUGUUGCCAUUCCUAUGAAAAGAGUAAGAUAUUAUUUUAAGUUACCUAAACUUGAUUUUGCUAUGAAUGGAACGCAAUAAUUCAUUGUUUUUUACAGCUGGACGCUUUCGACAUAAGGACGUUGGAAUAUAGCAAGAUAACCACCAAACCUGACCCUCGGUGGCGUUUUCCAAGAGCUCGAAAAGGCCAUUCGGUUGUUCAGUCUGGAAACUUUGCCAUUCUUUUCGGCGGGUUUGAUCCUCCUGCCACUGUAAGUUGAUUUAAUUUAUUUCGAGAAUAUCCCCAUUGUUUCAGGAACACAGUGAUGGAGAAUUACUCAGUGAUGUUUGGUGUCUCGAUUUGAGGAGCUUAGAAUGGAAACGUUCCAACUUCCAAUUGCCUUGGGGCGUCUUCUUCCAUUCUGCUGCUGUCAAUCAGGUAAAACUUUAGUUUGAGGGCAGAUUACUUCGCUUUUAAAUCAAUUUGACUUCAUUGUCCUUUUAGUUGAAUCAAGUCGUUUCAUUUGGUGGCUGCGCCCAAGUUGCAUCUAAGCGGGUAGAUGACACAAUUGGCUUUCACAUUGCACCUCCACCUUUAUCUUAUCUGGCGGCCCGGGUGUAUCUCAACUUCCUUCCGACAACUUCUGACCAGAGUAAUGUCAGUUAUUCGACUAUCAUACGUCUCGCCCAGGAUGCAUUAUCACCGAAGCUUACUGCAGCGUAAGAGGACUAGAACUGAAGAAUAGAGUUAAUUCAUAUUUUAUCGAGAGAAGGAAACGGGUUCUUCUAAAUUAUAUGUACAUAAAAGACGGUUAA